CGUCGCGGUCACGCAAUAAUAGCCGCAGCCUUACCGCGCUCCGCGGCACAAGAAUGUCAUACCUAUCCCUCCUACUCCGAAUAAUACAUACGGUACCACCAUGAAGGGCACCAGCCUCAUAUUCCGCAUAGCCUAUACUUUCGCCUACGUUUUUUUAUGCCUUUUCCUCGCCGCCCUUCUUCUUGUCGUGCCUGGCGAUUUCGUUCGCCAAGUUCUUAAAUCCGGAAGUCGAUAUGUCGACCUAAUCGUCCUAGCCGUGGUAUUUGUUCUUACGGUACUUAUCGUUUUAUUUGUUUACGCGCUCAGGCUCUACGUGACACGCACUGUUUUAGCCUCCAUCCCAAAGGCCUGGAUUCCGAUCGAGAAAGGAGACGUACCGAAGGAGGUUCGCAAGAUGAUCGUUACGGAUCUUAGCAGAAGUGCGGCUAUAGCAUGGGAGGCUCAUCCAAAGAUCAUCACGCCAGCGGCCCGUCUUGCAUCAGCGAGAGAGGCCGCCGCCAGAGAGUCGAUGGCUGGUGAUGGCCAGCAACGAAAAUCGUUUCAACUACUUAGGCCGAAGCCACCCGCGACCGUGGAGGAAGAAAUGGGCAUCUCCUUCCCGCCGUUGCGGCCCGUCUGGGGCGAAAUUGAGCAUGAUGGUUGGGGCUCACCAAACUCCCCAGACCUAGCCAAUUUACAAUAUAGCACCGUACUCGGCGAGCUUCCCAACCUCAUCGAAGCUAAGGCUGUCUCCAUGGCACCACCAGACCCGGAUUCCGUUGCGGACCCUCCGGCUCUUGAUUUAGAUGUCGUCGCACUUCUACAGCGUGCCCCAAACAUGACAAUGCGAGAUUAUGUUACGCGCCUCAUAACUGUCGGUGUGCUGCCACGUUCCGUCAAAAUAGCAUCUGAGUUCGUCGACCGCUAUGAACGAGCGCGCUUUGGCGCCAAGCCUCUAUCUAACGCGGCCUUUAGGCAGCUUAUGCGCCUUUUUGCCGAGCUCCUACGCUCCAUGCAGCCCUUAGAGUCUGCUUCCACGUAUGACAGCAAGCGCAGUAGCAGUAUAAAUGGCGACGGGUAUCCAGAUAGUUACGGGCACAUCGAUGACGAUGCCCCCAGGGACACUACGCCGACGACGCCUGCGCGAAGCAUCUCUGGCUCGAUUAGUGCAAGGAGUUUUAGAAGUACUCAAAGCGGGAGUAGCGCACGCAGAACUCAUCCACAUGUGCGCACCGACUCCAAUCGUACGUCUUGGCAGCGAUAUCAGACGGCGCCUACGACUCCGCGUAGCAAGCUUACCUUCGGUCACCGUAACCGUGGCGAUGGGAGGAACUCGCCGAGCACACACGGCAGUAAUAGAGAUAGUCUAGGCGGGAGCAGUGUGUCGCGUUUAAGGCACGUGUAUCCGGACAGCCAGGGCUCGAGCUCAAGUCCGAAGUCCAUAUCCCAGGCCUCGGUAAUCCGGCUUGCAACAAGAGACGAUAGAGGGGAUUUGCCUUACGUGCUUAGGGUUGGGGAGUCGUUCUAAGGGGUGUAUCAAAAAAAUCAAAAGGUACGGGCGUUAGCAAAAAGGAAAUGCGAAGCAUGUUGGGACCGGCGUUGCGUUGUUCAACAACAACUUUACUACUAUGAAAGAGUUGGUGAUUUUUGUGGGGAAAAGGGGGGAAGGAAGGGGGGGCGUUAGGGAAGAUAAAAAAAAAAGUGUCCCGAGAA